AAAAAUGCAUCGGCUAAGCGCCUUUUUCCAGUUUUCAACCAAGAAUAUUGGAACGGGCAAGACGAUGGCUUUUAUCACCUUGUUCACGCAGAAUUGUACGGGCCGCAGCCUCAGGAGCAAGCACGCGAACCUGCGGUACUAGAGAGUGCCCAUCAUGAUGCAUCACCUGUCGAGCAAAGUCCUCAUCAUGAUGCAGCACCUGUGGUAACGGGAACAGCUGGAACGACUGGGGAUACUAGUACGCAAGUUCUUGAUAGUACACUUGUUCCCCUUGAUGUACACACGAGGACCACGACUCCGGGAACGAGUGUGGAAUCAACUCCGGGAACAAGCGGCAUCAACAAGGGUGCAAGCGAUAGCAGCGUGACCACUGGAGCAGCUCCUGGAACAAGUGUGGAAUACAGUACAAGUGAGGGAGCAGCAGCGAGUUCGACACUAGAGCACGAGCACGAUUCGACACUAGAACACGAGCACGAUUCUACACUGCACGACUCCACACUAGAACACGAGGACGGAGCACCAGCAGAGGAAAAAACCGCAAAAGUUUUGGAUGCUUUGUCCGCAACAAUACAAACUAGAAAUCAAACUUCCGCAGCGGGGACAGACAGUACUCUUAUGGGAAACAGAAAAAGAUUAUGAUUUACAGAAUUUUUUUUGAGAGUAAUAAUCACAUGAACUACGGCGUUACUGUUUAGACCUACUUCAAGGGAAGAAGAGCCUAGAGUGAAGAUCUCUGGUAGCAUGAAGAAGACCUCCUAGACAUCAACAGUGUGCUUAAGGGUAGGCUAAAGGUGCUUUUGUUACCGUUUGUUAUGGCUCUCCUAAGGGGGACAGCCAUAACAAGCGGGAUAAACGAACACCAAAAGCCUACCUCUAAGGUGCUACGAUGGAUGUAAAACCUCACAAGACCUACAGCCUCAACACUGUUCAUAGUCCUCAGAGGGAAUCAAGACACAGCGGUCAGCCCUCCGAAGAGAGUGCACUGGGAUACCAUUCACGUGCGAUUGAUGACCUAUUACAUGUGGGCUUUUGGUUUCCUCUUCCUCUUCUACGAGCACGUGGGAAUUCUAGAGGACGAUUUGGACCUGAGUCCUGAGAUUCACCGGUACUUCUCCGCAAUGACCGAGGCGAUGGAGAAAGACAAGUCGGUUCUCAGUAUUAAGGCUUGUUGCAACCCAACCCUAAGUAAUGCUAUAAUUCAUCUUAGGAAGCUGAUUAUACUCACCUGUGGCAUUUCCCACGUAGGGAACCUCUAACAGCAUUUCAGCCUGGAGUGACAACGGGCACGAGCGGUCACGCAAGAUCGAGCACGUUUUGGCGGAAAAUGAUCAGAGUCUCCGACAAAAUUACUUCCAUCCACGAACAUCUUCAACUUCGUCUCCACAUCAGAUGAAGAAGGUACUUCUAAGCGAAGAUGAGGGAAAGAAAGAGCAGUUGCGACGGCU